AUGCGUGCUGCUGAGGAGGACGCCGCCGCGUCUCCAUUCGCCCGCCUCCCUGACGCUCUUGUUGCGCUCGUCCUCUCCCACCUCUCCGACGUCGCCUCGAUCGGUCGCGCGCUCACCGUCUCGCGCGGCUUUGCAGCGGCCGGCACAGCCGAUGCCCGCCUCGUCUGGGCUCGCGCCGCGGCGGCGCUGCAGUGGCGGCUUCGGCGGCGAGAGAGCGAGACGGGCCGCGAGCUGUGUGUACGCGCGAACGCGCGCAGGCAGCGCAUCGCAGUCUUUGGCGGAAGCUGCGAUGGCAGUCCUCUUUACACGCACGACAUGUACGACGUGGCUCCGCAGGAGUGGCUGCCCUCCCCUUUCUUGUUCACCACGUACCCCAGAGAUGCCUCGGCGCUGGCGAGCGACGGCGCCACCGUGGCCCUGCUCGGAGGCUGGGGAGGCACGCGGGCGGUGCGGGCGGUGGAGGCGGCCUCGCUCACGGAAGAGGCUCGCUCGUGGAAGAGGCUGACGCCGCUCCCCCGCCGGCUCUGCUUUGGCGCGGCGCAGAUGGACGCCUCGGGCCGGCUCUGGUUUGCGGGCGGAGGCGUGCUGCACCUCGACGGCGGGGCGUGGCGCGAGGCGGGCGAGCUCGUGUCGCCGCGGUGUGGCCUCGCCGUCGCCGCCGACGCGCGCUCCUCCUCCUUCUUCGCACUCGGCGGGUAUGCAGGAGGCACGCGCUACCUCUCCACCGCCGAGGCCUUCGACACGGCGACCGGCAAGAGCACGCCGAUCCCGAGCAUGGGGGUUGCGCGCUCUGGCCCGGGCGCCGCCGUCGGGCCCGACGGAGCCCUGUACGUCGUGGGCGGCUCGUCGGACGGCUGUGUCUCACUGAGAUCGGCGCAGACGACGCCGCGGCGCGAGCCCGCUGCGAAUGCUGCGCCUGAUUAG